AUGCUGUUCUCCAGGCUUCUUGUACUGCUACCGGUUGCAGUCGCAUCGUCGGUGACGCUCUACGUAUCGCCCGUCCCCGCCUCUGCGGACACGGCCGCAGUUACUUCGCCGGUGCCCCUCGCGCAGAUCGAGUACGAUGCGGAUCAGUCUGUCGGCACCCUAGUCUCGUAUACACCGCCAGCAGGGUCCUACUCGCCGGACCGCCUGCUACGUGUCGGUCUUGCGGACGCGAAAUCGAGCUCAUGGCACGGAAUUGUGACUUCGGCGGCGAGUUUCUCUGAGCAAUACCACAAGAAGUUUGUAAUCCACGUCGACGACAAAGGCGAGCCGUUCCACGUGGGGUUGAGCACAGCAGCAAAGGGCAGCGGGAGCGAGGUGGAAAUUGAGGUUUUGCGGAAGAACACUGGACCCAAGCCGGUGCUGAACAAGCCGAUUGUAUUGAACGCGGAAGGAAAGGUUGGGUCCGAUGAACCGGAAAAGACAUUCUUGCAAAAGUACUGGUGGGCCAUUGCCCUUUUCAUGCUCGUUCAGCUGGCUGCAGGUGGUGGAGAGAAAUAA